GAAAGUUUAUGUACUUCUUUAUCCAACCAAAUUGAUUAUUCCGGGUCAAGUAAUUACACCCGGAAUUAACAUUCGGGUCGGGUUAUAAACUUUUAUAAAUGCCCUCAUAAUCUGUCUUGGUCCCUUCACGAUUUCUCUUCUUUUCCUCCGAUUUGAGCGUUUGCUACCUCGGAACGUUCUCUCCGAUAACUCGCCGUCUCCUCCAAUUGAGCUGGUCACCUUCUCCGGCGAAGGUUACUUAUACCCUCAAUUAGGGUUUCAAAGGAAGACCCCCAACCCACAUCACGUUCAGUGAAUGGUUGCAAUUGAGAAGCCCUGAUUCGUUUUAAUGGUUCGGGAUCUGGGAAGGAAACUUGUCUUGCCUUCUCUUGGUUUUCACCAUUGCAAUUGAAGCUCAAACAUGGCUGAAUCCAACGGCAAGGGCUCCCACAACGAGACUUCCUCAGAUGAUGAUGAGGACAACAACAGGGGAUUUAACCUGGGUUUUAUCUUUGGGAAUGUUGAUAACUCUGGGGACCUGGAUGCUGAUUAUCUUGAUGAGGACGCCAAAGAACAUCUUUCUGCAUUGGCAGAUCAGCUGGGUUCAUCUCUACCAGAUAUAAAUUUGUUGGCAAAAUCAGAUCGUACAACACGUGAUCCAGCUGAGCAAGAUUAUGAUAGAAAAGCUGAGGAUGCUGUUGAUUAUGAGGAUAUUGAUGAACAGUAUGACGGGCCCGAAGUUCAAGUAGUUAGUGAGGAAGAUCAUCUACUGCCAAAAAACGAAUAUUUUUCGAAUGCAGUUCCUCUGGGUAGUUUAAAUUCCAGAGCUUCUGUGUUUGACGAUGACGAUUAUGACGAGGAAGAAGAACAAGAAGAGGAGCAUGCGCCAGUUGCAAAAGCUUUUGAGACUGAAGAGAGGGAACCAGUUUUAUUAAAGGAAGACAAAGUCUCGGAAUAUGAAAAGGAGGCUAAAAUCCUUGAAAACGAGGAUCCGAUGGACACAGAAGAUGCCCAGGAGGAGGAGGUGGAUGAGUUAUUGGAAAGUACAUUAGAUGGGAAAGGCACCACCCCACUGCCUACUCUGUAUGUGGAAGAUGGUAUGGUCAUCUUACAGUUCUCUGAGAUAUUUGCUAUCCAUGAGCCACCACAGAAAAGGGACAAGAGAGAACAUAGAUAUGUCCCUUACAGAGAUAGAUACAAAUCUAUGGAUAUUUCUGAGCUUGUUGAAGAUGAUGAGGAGGUACUCCUGAAGACUCAUGGUAGGAUGGAAACUCAUGUAGAACAAGCUGAAUUGAUUCAGCUGGAUGUUCCCUUUCCAAUUAGGGAGGGUUUACAGCUGGUAAAAUCUGGCACAAUUGGAGGCAUCACACCAGAAUCAAGAGAAUAUAACAAGUUAGGAAGGGAUUCAUGUAUCAUGGGUGAACUGUUGAAGCAGAACUUAAUAGAAGAUGAUUCAUCUUUGUGCCAGUCUCAGUUAUCAAUGGAAGUUUUUCCUCUUGACCAGCAUGAAUGGGAAGAUCGAAUUCUUUGGGAGAAUUCUCCUGAAAUGAGUUGUAUUUCUGGUGAGGGCUUUGAAUCUGAACUUGAGUCAGAAGGUAUGCUGGUUCAAGGAACAGAUUCAGAGACUGAACAAGAAAGCUUGAAUGUGAUGAACUCUAGAGAGAAAGCUCAAGCUGACAAGAAUAUGCUUGUGCCUUUUUCUGCCAAUUUCUUGGAGUCUUUCGGCUUAAGAGGUUCCCAGUCUACAGACGAGGCCAGUAACCAACGUAGACGUCAUCCACAACUCCUAAGAUUAGAAUCCCAGUGGGGUGAGGAUCAUCUUAGUGAAAAUGACGACGCCGGACUGGAAAAUAUAAAGCGUCGUGAAAGGGAUGCUCUUGGGCGCUUUAGCAGGCUUGCGUUGCAAGAGAGGGAUAUGGGGGAUGAGGCAUGGUUAGAUAGUAUAAUAUGGGAUUCAGAUAAAGAGUUGAGCAGGUCUAAACUAAUUUUUGAUCUUCAAGAUGAGCAAAUGGUCUUUGAAAUUUUGGAUAAUGAGGAAAGCAAAAAUCUUCAACUUCAUGCUGGAGCUAUGAUUGUAUCCCGGUCUUCAAAUUCCAAGGAUGAAAGCUUUCAGGAAGGCUGUGAAACAAAUUCUGGGUGGCAAUUCAAUAUUUCCAAUGACAAGUUCUAUAUGAAUGGGAAAAGCUCUCAGCAACUGCAAGCAAAUAAUAAUAAAUCCGGCGUUCAUAGUUUGAGAGUAUUUCACUCAGCGCCAGCAAUUAAAUUGCAGACGAUGAAGAGUAAAUUGAGCAAUAAAGACAUAGCAAAUUUUCACCGGCCCAAAGCUUUGUGGUAUCCACAUGAUAAUGAGCUAGCCAUCAAGCAGCAAGGAAAGUUACCCACCCGAGGAUCCAUGAAAAUUGUAGUUAAGAGCCUGGGGGGUAAAGGAAGCAAGCUACACGUUGGCAUAGAGGAAUCUGUCUCUUCUUUAAAAGCCAAGGCGUCGAGGAAGCUAGAUUUUAAGGAAACAGAAGCAGUGAAGAUGUUCUAUAUGGGAAAGGAACUUGAGGAUGAAAAGUCUCUUGCUGUACAAAAUGUUCAACCAAAUUCCUUGGUCCAUGUUGUACGUACCAAAGUACACCCGUGGCCAUGGGCACAAAAGCUGCCUGGUGAAAAUAAAUCCUUGAGACCUCCUGGGGCAUUCAAGAAGAAAUCUGACCUGUCUACUAAAGAUGGCCAUGUAUUCUUGAUGGAGUAUUGCGAGGAGAGGCCGUUAAUGCUCAGCAAUGCAGGAAUGGGUGCAAAUUUGUGCACAUAUUACCAGAAGUCAUCGCCAGAGGAUCAACGUGGGAACUUGCUGCGCAAUCAAAGUGACACUUUAGGGAAUGUGAUAACUCUAGAACCUGGAGACAAAUCCCCUUUCCUUGGGGAGAUACACGCUGGUUGCAGUCAGUCAUCUAUUGAAACAAACAUGUAUAAAGCACCUAUUUUUCCCCAAAGAUUGCAAUCAACAGAUUAUUUGUUGGUCCGGUCUCCUAAAGGAAAGCUCUCUCUAAGGCGUAUUGACAAGAUAGUUGUUGUUGGACAACAGGAACCUCGCAUGGAAGUCAUGUCUCCUGGAUCAAAGAAUCUACAGACUUAUUUGGUGAACAGGAUGUUGGUCUAUGUGUACCGGGAAUUUGCGAAGCGUGGUUUGCACCACCCAAUUGCUGCAGAUGAGUUGUCUUUCUUAUUUUCUAACCUAACAGAUGCCGUCGUCAGGAAGAACAUGAAAGUUUUUGCUGUUUUGAAGAGGGAUAAAAAUGGCCAGCCUUGUUGGUACAGGAAAAAUGAAUUUCAGAUUCCACCUGAGAAUGAGCUUAAAAAGCUGGUGGCACCAGAGCAUGUGUGUUCCUACGAGAGUAUGCUAGCUGGGCUGUACCGGCUCAAACAUUUAGGGAUCACCCGAUUUACAUUACCCGCCAGCAUAUCAGCUGCAUUGACUCAGCUCCCAGACGAAGCUAUUGCUCUUGCCGCUGCAUCACAUAUUGAGAGGGAGUUGCAGAUAACUCCAUGGAAUCUAAGCAGUAAUUUUGUUUCUUGUACAAAUCAGGAUAGAGCAAACAUAGAGCGUUUGGAAAUCACUGGGGUUGGCGAUCCGUCUGGACGGGGUCUAGGAUUCAGCUACGUGAAAGCUGCACCAAAAGCACCAGCUGCAGCCGGGCAUAUGAAGAAAAAGGCAGCCGCUGGUCGUGGAGCCCCAACUGUGACUGGUACAGAUGCUGAUCUUCGCAGAUUAAGCAUGGAAGCAGCUCGAGAGGUUCUUAUCAAGUUCAAUGUCCCUGAUGAGAUAAUUGCCAAGCAAACUCGAUGGCAUCGUAUAGCUAUGAUACGGAAGCUAUCAAGUGAGCAGGCGGCAUCUGGUGUUAAGGUGGACCCUACAACGAUAGGCAAGUAUGCCCGUGGCCAGAGAAUGUCUUUCCUGCAGAUGCAACAGCAGGCCCGAGAAAAGUGUCAGGAGAUUUGGGAUAGGCAACUUUCAUCCCUUUCAGCUUUUGAUGGUGAUGAGAAUGAAAGUGACAAUGAGGCGAACAGUGACUUGGACUCCUUUGCUGGAGAUCUGGAAAAUCUACUUGAUGCUGAGGAAGGUGGGGAGGGGGAAGAAUCUAGCAUGUCUAAGAAUGACAAGUUGGAUGGAGUCAAGGGUCUCAAGAUGAGACGGCGGCCAUCUCAAGUUGAGACAGACGAAGAAAUUGAAGAUGAAGCUACUGAAUACGCCGAGUUAUGCCGAUUGCUGAUGCAAGAGGAAGAUCAGAAGAAGAAAAAGAAGAAGAUAAAAGCUGUAGGAGAAGGAAGGGGAUCAUUUCCUCCUCCACGGCCCAAUAUAGGUUUUCAGAUUGCUGAGCCUGUAAGAAAGGCCACGGUCAUUGACAAGAAACCUAUUGCCACCCAACCUGAUACAUCUUUCUUAGUAAAUGAGAGUACCGUCAAAGACACCAGAAAUGUUGAUAGCCUUAUUAUUAAGACCCCCAAAAGUAAACAGGUAAAAGAGAGCAGCAAUUCUUUGGGUCCGUUGAAGAAGGUCAAAAUACUGAACGAAAACCUAAAGGUAUUCAAGGAAAAGAAAUCGGCGAGAGAGAAUUUUGUUUGUGGAGCCUGUGGUCAGCAUGGACACAUGAGAACCAACAAACACUGCCCAAGAUACAGAGAAAAUACAGAAUCACAGCCCGAAGGUAUAGAUAUGGAGAAGUCUGUAGGAAAACCGAGCACUUCAGAACUAUCAGGUCAGGCCAAGCUGAAACCUAUCAAGAACAGCAAGGCUGCGCCAAAAAGUGCAAUGAAAGUUUCUGUAGAUGAAGCUCCGAAGGGAGAUAAUGCGACUUCGAAAACUGGGGGUCUCCCUCUGAGGUUUAGAUAUGGUACCCCGGCUGGAACCAUGUCAGAUAAACCUGGUUCAGAAGCUCCAGGAAGUUCUGAGCAAGCAGCGAUGUCUGACAAAGACACUGGGACUAAGUCCACAUCUAAGAUCAGCAAACUCACGAUUUCAAGCAAGGCAAAACCUAAAGAAUCAAAGGCUGAAUCUGACAGACCUUCGCAAUCAUUGAUGCCUGCAUAUAGCGGAGAGAGAGGGGAGAGCAAAUCUCACAAGCCUUCUGUUUCUGGACAACCCUUGUCUAGUGCAGAGAGAAAUCACGCUGCCUCAAGCAGGCACACGAUCUCUAUUCCGCGGCCAUCAUUAAGCAUGGAUAGAGAUCAAGCUGAAUCUCGUAGGCCUCAUCUCGUGAUACGGCCGCCUACAGAAAGAGAACAGCCUCAGAAGAAACUUGUUAUAAAACGUUCGAAAGAGAUAACUGAUCAUGAUAUGAGUAGUCUUGAAGAGAGUCCACGGUUUGAGUCACGGAAAACAAAAAGAAUGGCAGAACUGGCGGGUUUUCAGAGACAGCAGAGCUUCAGAUUGCCAGAGAACUCUCUAGAGCGGAGACCAAAAGAAGAUAGAGUAUGGUGGGAAGAAGAGGAGAUAAGUACGGGAAGGCCAAGGGCGAGAAGAGACUAUGAUGAUAUGACUGUAUCAGAAGAACCCAAUGAGAUAGCUGAGAUCAGAAGAUACGAAGAGGUAAUACGGAGUGAGAGAGAGGAAGAGGAACGACAAAAAGCCAAGAAGAAGAAGAAGAAGACGAAGCUGCAACCCGAGUUAGUAGAAGGGUAUCUAGAAGAUUAUCCUCCUCGUAGAAACGAUAGAAGAUUGCCGGAGAGAGGCCGGAACGUCCGAAGCCGUUAUGUCUCCGACUUUGAAGUAAAUGGUGCAGACUAUGCGCCUCAACCAAAACGACGCAAAAAAGGAGAGGUUGGCCUAGCGAACAUCUUGGAGACCAUAGUGGACACACUAAGGCUUAAAGAAGAAGUGUCACGGCUCUUCUUGAAACCGGUAACGAAGAAGGAGGCUCCGGACUAUCUCGACGUUGUGAAACGCCCGAUGGAUCUCUCGACAAUCCGGGAUAAGGUGAGGAAGAUAGAGUACAGAGACAGAGAGCAGUUUAGACACGACGUGUGGCAGAUCAAGUUCAAUGCUCAUCUUUACAACGACGGGCGUAACCCGGGAAUACCGCCUUUAGCAGAUCAGUUGCUGGAGAUUUGUGAUUACUUGUUAGAUGAUUAUAAUGAUCAGUUAACAGAAGCUGAGAAAGGUAUAGAUCCCAAUGACUGAAAGAGUGUUUUAAAAGAUAGAAUCUGUAAUCCUCUUUUAGGCCAUAAAAAUGGGUUUUUUUAGCUUAGGUUAUGUGAUUUGUAAGAAAAAAAAAAACUAACAUUUGCCCAUGUCUCUGUGUAAAGCUCUGAAGUAAUGAAAAAGAAAAAGAAAUUGUUAAUUUGUUGUUUGUAAAAUUUUUGAGGGUUUCAAUUUCAUUGUCGCCGUCUUGCUCUUACGUCGAGACAAAACAGAGAGAAAUUGUCUUAAAUAUACAAAAUCCUCAAAAUAAGAAUUUUUGUUUCGUUGGAAUCAAUGGCUUCUCUGAUGGAGCAAACAACUCAAUUACACUCAUCAUCACCUCUUAAGCUAGGUCUCUCUCUUCUUCAACACCAUUCUCGCACCUCUAUUAUCUCUUUCCCGACUCAUAGAAACCGAAACAACCUUAUCCUCAAUCCAUGUCGUUCUUCUUCGUCACCCAUGACUGCGCCGAGCAGCUCAAAGAGGAAGAGGACAAAGUACAGGAAACAGUACCCUGGAGAAAACGUUGGGAUAACUGAGGAAAUGAGGUUCGUCGCCAUGAGAUUACGCAACGUUAAAGGAAAGAAAUUGGAUCCGAAAACCGAUAAGAACGAAGAAGAAGAUGAAGAUGAUGAAUUGGAAGGAGAGACUUGGAGUCCGAGCAAGGAAGGGUUACUUAACUUCUUGGUCGAUAGCAAGCUUGUCUUCGAUACCAUCGAACGAAUUGUAGACGAAUCUGAGGAUGUUUCCUAUGCUUACUUUAGGAGAACAGGAUUAGAGCGAUGUGAGGGUCUUGAGAAGGAUCUAGAAUGGUUUAGAGCACAAAAUCUGGAGAUCCCUGAGCCAAGUCAGAUAGGAGUUUCGUAUGCAAAGUACUUGGAAGAACAAGCAAGUGAAAACGCAGCUUUGUUUCUUUCUCAUUUCUACAGUAUCUACUUCUCACACAUUGCUGGUGGUCAAGUUAUAGUAAAACAGGUAUCUGAGAAGCUUCUAGAAGGGAAAGAGCUGGAGUUCAAUAGAUGGGAAGGUGAUGCACAAGACUUGCUUAAAGGAGUCCGUGAGAAGGUCAACGUGCUUGGAGAGCAUUGGACUCGGGAGGAGAAGAACAAAUGCUUGAAGGAAACUGCAAAGGCAUUUAAGUAUAUGGGGCAGAUCGUUCGGUUGAUCGUCUUGUAAACAAAAAAAAGGAUCUUUGUUUUUCAAAGUUAACGUUUUUUGUCGAUAUUGUGUUCACGGUAUUGGCAUUGUGCUCUUGCUAAUUCAUGACAGUGCUGGAAUUUGAAGCUUAUGAGCCCCCAUGACUGAAACAGAGCAACCUUGUGUUUCUUUGCCGGGUUUAAAGUCAAUGGCUUGAGAGACAUUUUUUUGUUAUUAGAUGUAAAAAAGACAUGCAAGCCAAAGUCUUUGGCCUUCUUUG